ACAUGAGUAGCGAUCACCCUUACUCUACUUACUUCAAUGGAUCGUGGUUCAAUCUUAACCCUAAUUAUCACUACUUGUCGUCUUCUCCAGCAGCUCCUCCUCCUCCUCCUCUUUCCUAUUCUAGCUUCACUCACUAUUAUCAACCUUCACCUCCCUCUCCACCCCUCCGGGAAGCUCUUCCCCUCCUCAGCCUGAGCCCAACAAGAAGACCACUCAACCAAAAUCAAGAAUUCCCUACUAGUACUACUAAUAAUGAUUCAUCUAGUACAACCACCACAACCAUAGCCAUGGAACUAGAUCACAACAACAAAACAACGACGAUUGAUGAUGAUGAUCAUCAUGAGACUGUGACUGUAGCUCUACAUCUUGGCCUCCCAACCCAUAGCUUUUCGGAAGCUGAUCUCAUCCCAAGGCUGUCCACCAAUUCAAACAACAAUUCUGAAGCUGAUCAUAAAGAAGUGGAUCAAGAGGAAGAAGGUACAAACAACAAUGGAUAUCUUACAAGCGCACUCAACAAGGGUCAGUAUUGGAUCCCGACUCCAGCUCAGAUUCUGAUUGGACCAACUCAAUUCUCUUGCCCUCUUUGCUUCAAAACCUUCAACAGAUACAAUAACAUGCAGAUGCAUAUGUGGGGACAUGGAUCUCAAUACAGGAGAGGCCCAGAAUCACUAAGGGGAACACAGCCAACAGCCAUGCUAAGGUUACCAUGCUACUGUUGUGCACCAGGGUGUCGAAACAACAUCGACCACCCACGGGCUAAACCACUCAAAGAUUUCAGAACCCUACAGACACAUUACAAAAGGAAGCAUGGGAUCAAACCGUUUAUGUGCAGGAAAUGUGGCAAGGCCUUUGCGGUAAGAGGAGAUUGGCGAACCCACGAGAAGAAUUGUGGGAAACUUUGGUAUUGCAGCUGCGGAUCAGACUUCAAACACAAGAGGUCUUUGAAAGAUCAUAUAAAAGCAUUUGGCAAUGGGCAUGCAGCUUAUGGGAUUGAUGAUUGUUGCUUUGAAUUAGAAGAAGAAGAAGCUGCUUCUGAGAUUGAGCAAGACAAUGAAUCAUCUCAUUGUGAUACUUGAUCAAAAGUUGUCUCUACUGUUGCUGGAGAUCAUAUCAGAAUCGCUUUUGAAGGACCCUCUUUGAUUUUCUUGCAU